AUGGCUAAUCAACUUUCAAAUCAAACCCCAAAGAACAAACCCCAAAAUCUCAUUUUCUGCCCUGACAAGUAUAUCUUCUACAGCUGCCCUAGGGCAGUUGAGUUUUGGUCAAAAGUCAAGUUUAUCCCCAAAGUUAGAUGCUCCAACUCAGAUUUUCAAAAUUGGUUCAUGGAAAAUGUUUCUGAAAGCAAAAAUGUAGAUGAGUUAGAUAUAGAACAUGCAACUGUUUUUAUCUUCUGUAUUUGGAGAAUGUGGUUGAGAAGAAACAUGGAUAAGAACAACAUGUAUAUAGAUGGAGUUGCUGGUACCACAACAACAGUGUCAGCUACAACUGCUGAAACUCAAGCAAUCUUGCUAGCUCUAUCUUGGGCUGCUGUCAAUAAGUGGGAGGAUACUGUGGGAACUCCUAAGAAGCCAAAGAAGCCUGUUUUUGCAAACAAGAAGGCGAGAUUCGAUGAAGGAAGUGGAUCACGUAGCAAGGAAGGCAAGGAGGCUGCUGAAUCCGUCGCAUCAAGGAGUUAUAAUGGUUUAAGUAACUCUUUCGAACCAAAAAAAAAACUUUCAACCACAAUCCUCCUUAUCUUAUCUCUUACGAUUACUAUAGCAACCGCAGCCGACGACGACUCUCUCGUGCUAGACGUCGAAGGGAACCCACUCGAAGCAGGCUCACCCUAUUACGUCCGCACCGAACUAUCGAAACUCCAAAUCGGGGGUGGCCUAGUCUUCGCAUCAAAACCAAACCACCCCGAAUGCCCUCAAUACGUAGCCCAAUUAGCCGAAGGCUGGAACGGGGAAUCCCCAAUAACGUUCCUCCCAUCUGACCCAUCAAACAAACAUAUCCACAUUUCUUCAGACCUUAACAUAAUAUUCAACAACACCACAUCUACCGUCUGCUCUCAAGGGGCAUGGCAGCUCACCCCCGAUGCUAACUCCGGUAAAUUAUACUUAUCUACCGGAGGAAGUAUCGGAAAACCGAGUUCGCAAACGACAGCUGCUAAUUGGUUAAAGAUAGAGAGAAGUAGUGUUGAUUCGAGCUUUUAUCAACUCGAGUAUUGUCCUAGUAGUACUUCAACUAAUAUAGUGUGCGGCGUUAUCGACGCUCUUGAUUAUACAGAUGAUUUCCGCUUGGUGUGGUUGGGUCUCUCACCGGUUCGUAUCACUAAUUUCUUCCAUUUGCUCAGUUUCAUUAAAGCUUAAUCGUACGUCUCCUAUUAUUUUCUUAAUUAUUUUUGUGAAUGAGCCGUGAAGACUAAACAAAUUAUAAAUGGGUCAAGAUUCGAACGUGAGAUUUAUUGUAUAUGGACUCUCGUUCUUUUUUAAAUAAAAAGGUAAUUUGUGUGUAGCUAAAGGAUCAAUAAAAAUGAAAUUCCUCCAAUCCCUUUUUAAUUGGAGUCUUUUUCACUUUUGCAUAAUCUACUUGUAUACCUCUUUCAAACCGUAUUACGGAGUAUUUUGU